UUCUGUUUUUAUUUUUCAGAGUCAAAACCAACUUGUGUGUCAGUGUCAUGUUUAUCCCAAGAAGCACGACCUCCUGAAUUUUCCUCUUCACGAUUCUCCUCCAUUAAUUAGUCUUUGCUGUUGUUUCUCAGUUGCUGUAGAUUAACCCCUUUUAAAAGAAGCAAAUGGGUGUCGUAGGAACCAAUGGUUUUAUCAAUUGGGAGUCUGAGUCAUACCCAGAGGCCAUAGAUUUCAGUGCUGUUCCGUUCUUUGCCCUCUUCUUCCCUUCAGUUAGGCUUUUUCUUGACACUUACGUUUUUGAGAAAUUAGCAAGAAGAUUGAUUUUUGGGAAGGCAAGUACAUCUACAGAUGUUGCGACACAUGAAAAUAGAAAGAAAAUUAAUAAAUUCAAGGAGUCAGCUUGGAAAUAUAUUUAUUUCUCAUCUGCUGAGAUAUUGGCUCUUUCUGUUUCAUAUAAUGAGCCCUGGUUCACUAAUACCAAGUAUUUCUGGGUGGGACCUGAGGAUCAAAUUUGGCCUGAUCAGAAACUUAAAUUGAAAUUAAAGGGCCAUUACAUGUUUGUUGCUGGAUUCUACAUAUACUCAAUAUUCGCUUUGAUUUUCUGGGAAACAAGACGUUCUGAUUUUGCAGUUUCCAUGGCUCAUCAUGUGGCAACUGUCAUUCUCCUUGUCAUGUCUUACAUACUUAGAUUUGCUCGUGUUGGUUCAAAUGUUCUGGCCCUGCAUGAUGUGUGUGAUGGAUUCCUAGAAAUUGCAAAGAUGUCAAGAUAUAGUGGCUAUGAAUGGAUUUCUAGCAUUUUCUUUGUUCUGUUUGUUCUCUCUUGGACAAUAUUUCGCAUCAUCUAUUAUCCUUUCUGGAUACUUCGGAGCACAAGCUAUGAGGUUGUCUUGACAUUGGACAUGAAGAAGCAUAUGGUGGAUGGACCGCUGAACUACUAUCUCUUUAAUACACUUUUAUUCUGCAUACUUGUUUUCAACAUUUAUUGGUGGAUUUUGAUGGUUCGAAUGGUUGUGGAACAAAUCAAGGCAAGAGGCAAAGUCAGCGAUGAUGUUCGAUCAGAUUCUGAAGGUGAAGAUGAGCAUGAUGAUUGAGAAUCAGAUGGAGAAGUACCUACUUUAACCGAGGUGAUAUCAGAAUAGAGAGUUAUAGCUCAUGUUUUCACUUCUUUGAUACAAAGAUUUAGCUCAAGUCUCUCAUGGUUUUGCUCCUUGCGUGUGUGACAACUCUUGUUCUUACCUUCAUGCAGAUGAACCCUUAUCAACAUGGUCAUCCUCUUCAUUCUCAUUUCCGUGUGUUAGUGUAGUGUGAGUUAUAUCUGUGUAUUACAAAUAUCAUUUAUAAAAGGGUUUUUAUGAUAUAGUGGAAUAGAGUAGGAGGUUGAGUUAAAAUAUAGCAAAUGGCAUAGAAAACUUGAUUUAUGGUUCAAGUUUUGGCCAAUGUGAACAGUUUCUUAGCUUCUUACUUCAUGAUUCAUGAUAAUUUGUCAUACGGGAACUUGUACCCCAUGCAUAUAUUUAUAAUAUAUGUUAGGAUUUUUAUCUUUCAA